AUGAUCUCUCGUGCAUUACUGCUGCAUUUCACAGAAAUUCAGCAUCGCAUAGAAUCUACUGCUCAUCCAGGUAGGAAUGGAUUUCAGAAACUUAGGAAUGGAUACAUGGGCUUUGGAAUUGACAAUUUGAUAUUGUCAACCAUCCAGGACAUGCUAGAGUUGAGCGAGGAGCAUGACAAGGGAAACCAAAACAAUCCCUCCAGAGCCUAUGUCCGAGAUGCAAAGGCAAUGGCAAGAACACCAGCUGAUAUCAAAGAAUAUCCCGACUCCUACGCGUUGGUGGUGGAUAUGCCAGGCAUCAAAGCCAAUGAGAUCAAGGUGCAGGUUGAGGAUGACAAUGUGCUGGUGGUGAGCGGAGAAAGGAAGAGAGAGAAAGAGGAGGGAGUUAAGUAUUUGAAGAUGGAGAGGAGAGCUGGCAAGUCCAUGAGGAAGUUUGUGCUGCCUGAAAAUGCUAAUCUUGAUACCAUUGCUGCUGUCUCCCAAGAUGGGGUGCUGACUGUUACUGUUCAGAAAUUUCCCCCUCCCCAGACCAAGAAGCACAAGACAAUUCAGGUCAAAGCCGGUUGA